UGUGGAACAUAAUGCGAUUGAGGUUAUAUAAAUUUUUGAUUAGAAACUUGUAAAGAGAUUGGUGAAAUUUAGUUCUUGUGUUUAAGGUGUUUUGCUUAAAUUAAAGUAGUAAGGAUGUCUGAUUUUGAUUCACUUUCGUCGGCCGCCAGUGACAAAGAACUUCAGGAGUUCUUAAUGAUUGAGAAACAAAAGGCUCAAGUGAACGCGCAGAUACAUGAGUUCAACGACAUUUGCUGGGAAAAGUGCAUCGGUAAACCAGGAUCAAAACUGGACAGUUCAACAGAAACAUGUUUAAGCAAUUGUGUUGAUCGUUUUAUUGAUACAUCUUUACUAAUCACGCAACGUUUUGCACAACAUUUACAAAAACGGUCUGAGGCUUUUUAAAAUAAGUGUGUAACUCUUUCGACUUUUGAGUUGAAAUUAAACGAACCAAUACUAUAUUUCGGUCAUCUACACUGUGUAUAUUAAUCAACUAUUAGACUCUAAAUGAUUAUAAAAAAAUACUGCUUUAUCAAAAUAAAAUUGCACAGAACUGGCUAUAAACCACUAGUUGAAGGAAGAAACCAAUUAAAUGAGGGGUUUUUAUUUAAAACUUUGUUAUAUUUUAAUUCAAAAUAAAAAUUAAAAUGUACAGCUUA